UUUGAGUUUAUUAUCAGAAAAAGGGAGGAAAAGGAAAACUCAAUUGUAAACUAAAAAAACUCGGCAAUUGGAAUUUGCUUGCGCAGAUCGUUCUUUCUCUACUAAUGGUUCAGCGUCGGUAUCCAGAUACAAGUUUCUGGCUGGACGAUGUGUCGAAUUGAUUCAAGUAGAUCUACCUUUCUGGCCAGUUGAUUCUUCUGGUGGAAAUCGCGAGAUCUCCAUCGAUUUCUUAUGCUCACCCGGUUUGAUCUUGAACAACCUAGCCAGCGGGAGGAAGAAUUGUUUCUACUAGUAAUUUUACAGAGCGUUUUCUGAUUUAAAUCAAUGGCGGGGGCGGCCUCUGCGCUGUUCCUAUUAGACAUCAAAGGGCGUGUUCUCAUUUGGCGCGACUAUCGUGGCGAUGUUUCGGCAGUUCAGGCCGAGCGCUUCUUCACCAAGCUCAUCGAGAAGGAGGGUGAUCCACAAUCUCAAGAUCCAGUAGUUUUCGACAGUGGCAUUAGCUACAUGUUUAUUCAGCACAAUAAUGUUUACCUGAUGGUUGCUGCGAGGCAGAAUUGCAAUGCUGCAAGUCUUCUUUCCUUUUUGCACCGAGUUGUUGAUGUCUUCAAGCAUUAUUUUGAAGAGCUGGAAGAAGAAUCACUUAGAGACAACUUUGUUGUGGUGUAUGAGUUACUUGAUGAAAUCAUGGACUUUGGUUAUCCUCAAUACACUGAGGCAAAAAUUCUUAGCGAGUUCAUCAAGACUGACGCUUACAGAAUGGAGGUUGCUCAGAGGCCACCCAUGGCAGUAACAAAUGCAGUUUCUUGGCGUAGCGAAGGAAUAAAUUACAAGAAGAAUGAAGUCUUUUUGGAUGUGGUGGAGAGCGUUAAUAUACUUGUCAACAGUAAUGGGCAAAUAAUUAGGUCAGAUGUUGUGGGGGCGUUGAAGAUGAGAACUUACUUAAGUGGUAUGCCUGAGUGUAAGCUUGGGCUUAACGAUAGAGUAUUAUUGGAAGCACAAGGUCGAACCACAAAAGGAAAGGCUAUAGAUUUGGAAGACAUCAAAUUUCACCAGUGUGUACGUUUGGCCCGCUUUGAAAAUGAUCGGACCAUAUCAUUCAUACCACCAGAUGGAUCUUUUGAUCUCAUGACUUAUAGACUCAGCACUCAGGUAAAGCCUCUUAUUUGGGUAGAAGCUCAAGUUGAAAGACAUUCAAAAAGUCGUAUUGAGAUUAUGGUAAAAGCAAGAAGUCAGUUCAAGGAGCGUAGCACUGCAACAAAUGUGGAGAUUGAGUUGCCUGUGCCAGCAGAUGCUACCAACCCAAAUGUUCGGACCUCAAUGGGGUCUGCUUCUUAUGCACCAGAAAAUGAUGCGUUAUGCUGGAAAAUAAGAUCUUUUCCAGGUGGCAAGGAGUACAUGUUAAGGGCAGAAUUUCGCCUUCCUUCAAUUACAUCUGAAGAAGCAACUCCAGAGAGAAAAGCACCAAUUCGUGUAAAGUUCGAGAUACCAUAUUUUACUGUUUCUGGAAUCCAGGUUCGUUACUUGAAGAUUAUUGAGAAAAGUGGUUACCAGGCUCUUCCAUGGGUGAGAUACAUCACAAUGGCUGGAGAGUAUGAAUUAAGGCUCAUAUGAAAACUACUUACUUUGAUAUAUAGACGUUUCAUUCUGCGGAGUUCAUAUGUCGUGAAUUAUUCAGUUAAUAAUCACAGGAUGAGUUAAGGAUUUGUUGUUGUAGAGGAUUUGGUGGGGGAAAAAUGUCUGUUUUCUACUUGUCUUUUGUUUGUGAAGCAUAUUGCAGCUUUUGUAAGUCCAUAGUAACUGAGAAGGGUUCCUUUUCGUUUAUUUCUUCUUUUUUUU